CUCUCCCUUGUUCUGGCCAGACAGGCCCACGGCGGUGAAGUCAUGUUUCUGUUUGGCUGAUCUUUUUAAACCGACACUCCUACUGGGAGGACUCUGCACUCGGUCAGAACACGAGGAAGGAGUACAGGAACACACGCUCCCGCUCACACACACACACACCCUCACACUCCCCGAGUCAGCAGCGCACUGAAGAAGAAACUUCACCCUCAACUUUCUCAACAAGCCCAGAAAGUCGUUGUGUCCUGACAUCAAGAUGGCAGCACAGGGAGCUCCAGGUAUGGCCAACAAGGGUCCCGCCUACGGCCUGAGCCGUGAGGUGCAGAGCAAGAUCGACAAGAAGUACGACCCGGAGCUGGAGGAGCGGCUGGUGGAGUGGAUCGUGGCGCAGUGCGGGUCCGGAGUGGGCCGGCCCGAGGCGGGGAAGCUCGGCUUCCAGGCCUGGCUCAAGGACGGCUGCAUCUUGAGUGAGCUGAUCAACAGCCUGUACACUGGGGACAAGCCCAUUAAGAAGAUCCAGACCUCAGGGAUGGCCUUCAAGCAGAUGGAGCAGGUCUCACAGUUCCUGAAUGCAGCUGAGCGCUAUGGCGUCACCAAAACAGACAUGUUCCAGACGGUGGACCUCUGGGAAGGGAAGGACCUAGCCGCGGUGCAGAGAACCCUGAUGGCUCUCGGCAGCUUGGCGGUUACCAAGGAAGACGGCAAUUACCAGGGCGACCCCAACUGGUUCCACAAGAAAGCACAGGAGAACCGACGGGACUUCAGUGACGACCAGCUGAAGGAGGGAAAGAGUGUCAUUGGGCUGCAGAUGGGCACUAACAGAGGGGCGUCCCAAGCAGGGAUGACGGGAUACGGUCGACCCCGGCAGAUCAUCAACUGAGCCUCUCAGUUCCCCUCCACCCCCGCACACACCCCAAACUCAUUUAUCCCCACCCCUUUUCUCCUUCACUUGGCCAAUCACUGAAGCCGAGACGAGCGCCAUACGAGUCUUACUGAACGAGUCCAUUAUAACCCACAGCCUCGCUAGACUCGGCCCGGGCCCACGCCAACGAGACCCAAGCAUUUAGGACCCACCCACAUGCUACUUCAACCCAAAACCGCAAUAAGACCGACUUUGCAUACGGCUCGGGACGAUGUGUACGAAGCAAACCAGAAGUCUGUAAACUUUUUACGCUAGUCUUAACCAAUCACGGUCAAUCGCUGCAUGUGCAACCAAACAACUAGCAGAUAUGUAUCCUCUAUUCAAUUAUUCUUAUGCUUUUUUUUUUUUUUUAAGUAAAUGAAAAUCACCUUUACAAAUAGUGCUCAGGCCAUCGGAACUGCUGAGGGGGGCCACGGAUAGAGCUGAUGUGCCCUUGAUUUGAGAUGCGGAGAAGAUUUGUUGUUUACUAAAUGUUUUAUAGAUGCACACAAAAAAAAAAAAAAAACCAGACAAAAAAGAAAGGCUUAUUUGCACUGGGCAAAAUGAGGAGCAGUAGGAAAGCAAUGCUGACAGCAGUGCUGGAAUCAGACGGGCUGAGUUUCCAUUCUGAAAGCACACAGCUGAAGGUGUGAGACAAGGCUCAAAACGGGAAGAGGAGAUGCAAUUCUGCCUCUGCUUAGAAAUUGAAAAAAAAUAUAUAUUGUAAGAAAUGGAACCAAAAGAAAAAAAACAAUCAAUGAAAACUCUGACCAAUGUCUUGGACCGUCUCUCCCACCACGCAGAGUUUUUGUACAUUGUCUUAUUGAAUAAUAAUUUUGAAAUAAAGUUCAGUCUUAUUUUAAAA